AUGAUUCGCGUUGUUAAAGCCUUCCAAGCAGGUCUUGACCGACGUGAGCCCUCACUGAGCGGCCCAAGUGCAGCGCGACUCCGAGAAAUAAGUCGCCAAUUAAGGUUACAGCAACAGCUUGAACACGAAGGAGCAGGUUCAUCUGGCGCUCCACGCUUAUCACGGCAGUGGAAACAAAAUGAAUCUAUGUCUCUUGUAUGA